UCGCCCAUCGAGCCCAAGCAGGAGCUGCCCAAGUACCUGCCCGCCCUGCAGGGCUGCCGCAGUGUGGAGGAGUUCCAGCGCCUGAACAGGAUCGAGGAGGGCACCUACGGGGUGGUGUACAGAGCCAAGGACAAGAAGACCGAUGAGAUUGUGGCUCUGAAGCGGCUGAAAAUGGAGAAGGAGAAGGAAGGCUUUCCGAUCACGUCGCUGAGGGAGAUCAGCACCAUUCUCAAGGCGCAGCACCCCAACAUCGUUACGGUCAGGGAGAUCGUCGUGGGCAGCAACAUGGACAAGAUUUACAUUGUGAUGAACUACGUGGAGCAUGACCUCAAGAGCCUGAUGGAGACCAUGAAGCAGCCUUUCCUGCCAGGGGAGGUGAAGACACUGAUGAUCCAGCUGCUGUGCGGAGUGAAGCACCUGCACCACAACUGGAUCCUGCACCGAGACCUCAAGACCUCCAACCUGCUGCUGAGCCACGCCGGCAUCCUCCAGGUGGGCGACUUCGGGCUGGCGCGGGAGUAUGGGUCCCCCCUGAAGGCCUACACCCCUGUCGUCGUGACCUUAUGGUACCGCGCCCCAGAGCUGCUGCUGGGGGCCAAGGAGUACUCCACGGCCGUGGACAUGUGGUCUGUGGGCUGCAUCUUCGGGGAGCUGCUGACACAGAAACCGCUGUUCCCAGGGAAGUCGGAGAUUGAUCAGAUCAACAACGUGUUUAAGGACCUGGGGACGCCCAGUGAGAAGAUCUGGCCCGGCUACAACCAGCUGCCCGCCGUGAAGAAGAUGACCUUCACCGAGUACCCCUACAACAGCCUGCGCAAGCGCUUCGGGGCGCUGCUCUCUGACCAGGGCUUUGACCUCAUGAACAAGUUCCUGACCUACUUUCCUGGGCGGAGGGUCAGCGCAGAGGACGGUCUCAAGCACGAGUAUUUCCGCGAGACCCCCCUCCCCAUCGACCCCUCGAUGUUCCCCACGUGGCCCGCCAAGAGUGAACAGCAAAGGGUGAAGCGUGGCACCAGCCCAAGACCCCCCGAGGGAGGCCUCGGCUACCGCCAGCUGGGUGACGAUGACCUGAAGGAGACCGGCUUCCACCUCACCACCACCAACCAGGGGGCCUCGGCCACCGGCCCUGGCUUCAGCCUCAAGUUCUGAGGUUCAGAGUGGACCCCAGAAACAGCGGGACCAGGGACCCAGUCCUGCCCGGAUGACAGGUUGCUGCGGCCCGGGCUGCGGUGACGUGGCCUCGAGUCGAACUGAUGGCCUCGUUUUCCAGAUUUUGUUUCUAUUUUGUCUUGGCUUGUAACUUUAUAGAAUUAAACCUUAUUUCC